AUGCUAAGUUCUAUAAAAGUUAGUAGCAUAAGUGAUUAUGAUUUAUUUUACAAAAAAGUUAACAUUUCUGAAACAGAACAGUCAACAAUAUAUAUGAACUAUUCUUCAGACGCGACUGAUCAAAAAUCAUUAGACUUAGAAGUAAAUGCAUUUUACAUUUAUUUAAACUGUAAGUUUUCAAGCUGGACCAUAUAUGAGUUGUAUAAUUUCGUCAAUAAAUUUCCUUCAUUUUAUUCUAAUACAUUUCCGAAUAGUUCAAUUGAAAAAAGUGAAUUUAGUACAGAAUUUGAAAAAUUAAAAGAAAUUUUAGAAAAUAUUUUAAUACAUAUUGAACGUUUCAUAAAUGAAUUGAACACAUUUAUAAACAAAAAACCGAUGUUUUCAUACUACAGCGACACGUCUAUCUUAGAUGAAUUGCUAUUAUUAAAAUUAAAAUUACAUUAUAUAACUACUAACAGAAUUUUAUUAGAUAAAACUAUUAUUGGUAUAGUUCUUGGAUCUAUGAAUGCUAUUCAACGUUUUUUGACCAUAAAUUGUAACGAUUCACCACCUAAUUAUGAAGACCCACAUUUUUACGGUUAUUCAAUAGUGAAAAAUAAUUCUGAGACAGACAUUUAUAAUUUUUUACAACUUAUUGAAAAAAAUGAUGUGAAAUUUGAUCCAAAAAAUCAGACAACGUGUACAAUAUACGAAAUAUUAUUAGGAUCAAUAGCCGAAAAAAUCUUUGAUGAUGCGACUAUCCAGGCAGAAGUGUCUACUACGGAAACCAAAAGUAUCAUAUUUAAUGAUUAUUUAAUAGAAGUUCAAGAAUCAUAUGACAUUGAAAGUAUAUCCAGGUAUCAGAUUACUGUUUUUAAUGGAAUCAUACAACUAAUAUACACAUUAAUCAUAAUACUAAACGCUAAAUCCAAAAUUAAUGAAAAUUUAAAUAAAUUAUGUUCCCCUCUUAUAGAAGAAUUAAAACAAAUUGAGGAUGUUCCAAAAGAUUUUAUUAUUUGUAUGAACGAAUUGUCAAACUUAUUUCUCGAAACAGCUGUUAAGGAAGAUAUUAUUGAAAACAUUAACAACCAUAUUGAAUCACUUAACAGCAAAAUAGAAUUAGAUUACACCACGGCUAAAAUUGAUGAUGUUCAAAACAAAUUGUUGGACACUUUAAAAGUGAUUUCAUCUAAAAUUGGGGAAUUUCAAUGUUUCAAUCAGUAUUUUAAACAGUCACAUUAUGAACACAAGAAUAGAUAUUACAAACCAUUUACUAAAAAUACAAAGAUAAUUGAAACCCAGACAGAAAGUGAAUUCUACAUGGAAUCAUUCUGUAGUUUUACCAAAAGUAUAUAUAAAAUAUGUUUUGAAAUUACCAUACUUAAUAAUAAAGGAGCCAGUUCAGAGAAGAAUAGUUCUCUUAAAUUGUACACUGAAGUAUUGAAGGACUUUCAGGCAAUUAAAGAAUAUUUAUUUAGAUUAAUUCGGAAAAUGGGGACAAAAAAUUUGGAGCUUCUUAAAACUGCAAGUAAUAUAAUCAUUAUUUUGGAAAACCGGAAUAACUAUUUUCGCGAUAUUUCUAGUAAUAUAAAUCGACUAGCGCAUAUUGUUAUGAAUGAAUUAGAUAGGUAUGGAAUUAAAUACUGUAAACCAGGCAAAUAUAAUUUUUUGCACAUUAACAUUAUAUAUUAUAGUGAAUUCGGAAAUAAAAACGUCAUCACUGAAGAUAUAAAUCUGUUUUUGGCUGAUCGACCGGAAACUAAUUAUAAUUAUAAUCAUUUUGAUUUAUCGUUCUUGUGUGAUAAAUAUGUGAAAGACUCACUUGUUUUCCCUUAUUAUAAGGAUCUGAUAAUGGUGUACUGGAAAGGAGAAAGGAGAAAUAUUGAAAAAUUUAGCAUUAUCGAGGAGUCGUUCAUAUUAAACCCUGACUUAUUAUAUGCAUUUUUUGAUAUUUACUUCAAAUUUUAUGUUGCUGCGUAUUUGUACGAAUUAAGAAUUUUGUGUAAUAUUAUAAAAAAUAAUAGCUGUAAAUACAAUACAACAAUGGUUUUUAAAGAAGAAAGAUUUCCAGAAGAUCUGAGAUCAUUUAUAGUUAAAUUAAAAGACUUGGAAAAAUUAUUGGUUACAAUUAAAGAAGAUGAACAUAAAGUUAAGUUGGUUUCUAAAGUUGACAAUUUAUUACAAAAUAUUGAAUUACAGUUUAAUGAGUUUGGUUUUGAUUUUUUUUAUAAAAGUAACAGUAAUCAAAGUGAAUCUUAUACACACAAUAACUUAAUAAUAAUAUCCAAAGAAAUAUCAACUAAAGUAAAAGAGUUUAAUAAUUAUUAUUAUUUAUUAAUUAACCCAAAGCCACAGGAGAUUGUAGAAGGAAGUACCUGA